AUGAUUCUGAAAGAAUUUAAAUCUUCUUGGCAAAUGAAAAUAUUGAACAUCUCAAAAACAACACUAUUAUAUGUUGUGAUGGGACUUUUAAGACUGCUCCAACUAGCUUUGAACAAAUAUUUACUUUUCAAUGUAGAUUUUUAA